AUGAACAAAGUACCUCUCGGGAGAAGACGUGACAUUGAUAUUCAUAGCGAAGACGAAGAUGAAUUCGACAUAACUCGUGAGGAACUAGUACUUAGUGAUUUAUCCGGAUCCGAGGCAAGCUGUGAAGACUCGGAUAAUGAGAGUGAAAACUCUCAUACCGACGGUGAAGAGACUUUAAAGGAAAGACCGAGUUUUGUAACUGAAAACUCAAGUCCUAAUAAAGAAAGAAUAGCUCCCUUAAUUACUGAGGAUGCAAGAUCCGUGUUCGAAGAAUCAAGCUCUUUGACUGACACGACGUCAAGUGAGGAAAGUCUCCUGAAAGAGACUAAUGAAUUAACAAUUAAAUCCAAAAAUAAAAAAUACUCGAACAAUUCCGGUCCCGUUACUAAAGAAGUUAAGCGUUCCGAUAGUUCUUCGGACGAAUUAGUUAAAAGUAUCUCCUCAAAUGAGGGAGAUAAACAAGCCAAUAAUUCAGAUUCAUCCAAAGAACCCCCCAAAGUCCUAACGGGUUGGCAAAAGAAAUUAUUGGCAAGGCAAGAAUAUCGUAAGAAGCUGGCUGAAGAUCCAGCCUUCGUACCUCAUCUUGGAGAAUUUUGGGGACAUGACGAUCGAUUCAUAAAAGAAGAGUUGAAAAACGAUUUUGAUCCACGUCCACGAAAUUUACCUUUUGGUCCAAAAGGUAGAGCUGUAUGGGGAAAUUCCCCACCAAGGGGGCGCUGGGAUCAUAAUGGUUUCGAAGAACUAAUGCGGAUUGAGGAAGAAGAAAUACGCCGCAAAGAAUUUCAGCGAAGGGCACAACAACGUCGAGACUUCGGGUGGUUACCGUCCGAUCGUCGACGGCCACCUGCACGUAAUUUUUUAUCACCGCCAAAGGUUAAUCAAAAUAGAUCAAUAAAAUUUUCACCUUCAAACAGAGAAUCUUAUAAAGAGCAUCCAUAUGGGUUUGAAUCGAAAGAAUCUUCAAAAAUUAAAAAUAGUAAAGAGGGAGGAAACCUUCAUCAUAAUAUUAAUCAUUCAACUCAUGAGAACAAAUUGGAAAAUUUACAGGAUGAAGUAGAAGAAAAUAACGCAAAAGUCACGUCACGACAUAAUGAUCAAAAAUCAAAAAGUAAUACAAGUAGUUUUCGUGGCAGAGGAUAUAUUCGAAAUCCCUUGCGUUCACAGGCGAAUGAAACUCAAGAACGUGACACUGUAAAAGAUGAAUCAAAAAAGAAUGAAAUACAAGGAUCAGAUAUUGAAGUUGGAAUUGAACAGAAUGAAACUCAAAAAUCAUGUAUUGUCGAAGAUGAACUGAAACAGAAUGAAACUCAAGAUGAUAGUAUUGAUUAUAGUUCCCUACCGAAUGAAACUCAAGAAACCGGUAUCGUUAAAUAUGAAUUGAAACAGAGUGAAUUACAAGGUGAUAUUUCCAAAGAGCAUAACAUAGAUCACGAUAAAAAAGACGAAACAUUAACAACAAGUGAGGGAUAUAUAAAUGAUGGUAGGUUGAAUAUUGCUUCAGAAUAUUGGGUAGAAUUGGGACUUUCAAUAAAUGAAAAUGAGGGAGUAACUGAAGGGUCCGAUGAAGAGUCUGAAGUCGAGAUAAUUUUAGAUUCCCCAAGUAGUAAUGCAAACGAAAAACAAGAAACCGAUAUAUCUGCGAAUGAAAAGAUAAGUAUAAAAUUCGGAAAUCAUUCAGAAUCUGAUAAAUCACCCUUGGGGAAAGAAUCAUCGAAUUCGACAUUAUCAGAACAAGAACAGGAGCAUUCACAUCAAAUUACGCAUUCUAAACGAUAUUCAACAAGAAGAGUUGCCGCAUCUGCAACUCAAAAUAACCAAACAUUAGAAGUCAAUAAGGAAGCAAAAGAUAUCAAAACAAGCGAAAUUCCGUUAUCAGCGGUCUAUGCACCACCCUUCAAACCAAGAUCUAUGACGUCUCUUGUAAAAGAAAAUGUCAUUGAGGGCGAAAAGAUCAAUGAUGGUAACCAAUCCUCUCUACAAACACCAGAACCUCAAAUUAGAUAUUAUACUUCAAAUAGAGCACCACCAGUGUUUCCAUUAAGAAAUUACCCGGCAGAAAAUAAUUUGCCAAUAGAAACGCCGCCAUCUACUAACUCAUUUGCUGCUGAAAGUAAUGGCAUGGUUUAUUAUUAUGAUCCUAAUGUAUAUUAUGUUUACGGUAAUGAAAAUGCGACCAAGCCAACUUUUGUAACUCAACCACCGCCAACAAUUGUAACUCAACCACCGCCAACAAAUGCGCAUGAACGUAACGGUGUUUAUUACUUUUACCCUCAGUAUUAUCCAUAA